UGUGUCUUUCUGACCUUCCGGUUCUUUUUAUAGGCCUUGCAGGAACCUGAGUGAGGGCCUCCACUCCUUCCGCCCAUUUGGGGAGAGAUUAAAGAAGCUGAGAUUGUCUCCUUCUUACUCAUUGGCAGUUACAACCUCGCAGCCAGCAGAGCCUCAACUUCCAGCGUGGACACAGAGAAGGGAAACAGAAGUCCAUUCUCGUGAGGUCCACCCACAAGUCACCAUGUAUGAGGACUGUGUCAAGUCCACUGAGGACUAUUAUUUCGUCUGUGACAACGAGGGAGCAUGGGGCAUUGUUCUCGAGUCCCUGGCAAUAAUCGGCAUAGUAGUUACAAUUAUACUACUCUUGGCAUUUCUCUUCCUCAUGCGAAGGGUUCAAGACUGCAGCCUAUGGAAUACCCUCCCCACUCAGUUCCUCUUCCUCCUGGGUGUGCUGGGACUCUUUAGCCUCUCAUUUGCCUUCAUUGCUCAGUUCAAUCAGCAAACUGCCCCCGUACGCUACUUUCUCUUUGGGGUUCUCUUCGCUCUCUGUUUUUCAUGCCUCUUGGCUCAUGCCUCCAACCUGGUGAAGCUUGUCCGGGGUAGAGUCUCCUUCUGUUGGACAACAAUUCUGUGCAUCGCUAUUGGUGUCAGCUUGUUGCAGGUAAUCAUUGCCAUUGAGUACGUGACUCUCAUGAUGACCAGGGGUAUGAUGUUUAUGCAUAUGACACCCUGCCAGCUCAACGUGGACUUCGUUGUACUCCUGGUCUAUGUCCUCUUUCUGAUGGCCCUCACAUUCUUUGUCUCCAAAGCCACUUUCUGUGGCCCAUGUGAGAACUGGAAGCAACAUGGAAGGCUCAUCUUCGUCACCGUGCUCAUCUCCAUCAUUAUCUGGGUAGUGUGGAUCUCCAUGCUCCUGAGAGGCAACCCACAGCUCCAGCGGCAGCCCCAGUGGGAUGACCCCGUCAUCUGUAUUGCCCUGGUCACCAAUGCAUGGGUUUUCCUGCUGCUGUACAUCAUACCCGAGCUCUGCAUUCUCUACAGAUCGAGCAAGCAGAACUGCCCUUUACCAGGCAACACCUGCCCAGCCCCAGCCUAUCAGUGCAGCUUCAGAGUGGAGAACCAGGAACUCUCACGAGCCCGAGACAGUGAUGGAGCUGAGGAGGAUGUAGCAUUAACUUCAUAUGGUACCCCCAUUCAGCUGCAGACUGUUGAUCCCACACAAGAGUGUUUCAUCCCACCGGCUAAACCAAGCCCCCAGCAAGAUGCAGAAAUUUAAGUCCACAAGAAACAUGCAUAGUGGAAACCCAGAAGACCAUCCUAAUGUAGCAAUAAUGGGUCGCGGGGGAGCCCAGAGUCAUGCUGCCAACAAAGUACCGGCUCAUCCUUUCUUCCCUGCUUCCUAGCCCUUUCCAUCCAUCUGGACCCUUCAUCAGAAGACUACCCUCUCAAGCAUAAUUACAAUCUUGCUGGCCACCCUA